GGUGAUCCAGUGACCCUGGUUUGUGAUCGACCGAGGACUCAAGGACAGAAAGUGUUUGCAAGUAAACACGCUGAUCUUCUGAGUCUCUUCCGUCAGCUUGUGUUGGAGAAGAAGCAGCGAUGCGAUAGCACCAAAGUUUGCCGGACACAUCGCUCGAUCCUCGGAGAGGAGCGUCAUUAUAUGCCACUUUUCCCCUGUGUUACUCCGGAUGGAUACUGGACCCACCUCCCCACCGUCCUCUAUGGUGGCGAGCCCCCCCCCGCUGUGGCGGCUGGCCGAGAGGAGGAGCAGGAAGGCCGGUUCAGGGAACAUCUUCAGCAACGUGAAUCUUUUGCAGCUCCAGAGACUGUUCAGGGCAGCAGGGGACCAGGAUGCAGAACAGAGGGCCCAGCUGGUUUGGGGCCAAAGAGAUGAGGCUGAGCUGGCUCAGGCCUUGAUAGGACUUAGGGCCCGUAACCACCGCAGAGGGCUAAGGACCCAUGGCAGAGAUGCUCUGGAGUCACGCUGGCUACGCGCCUUCAAUCACCUCAGGAUUGGAGAGAGCUCAGCAAGCAGCCAGGGGAAGGAUGCAGGAGAGGAGAUUGAUUCUGAGGCAGGAGCACACAGCAGUCCAGAGCCACACCGACACUCCCCUGUAGGGACCACAGGGAGAGGUGCGGGGACCACAGUGGCACUAAAUGCAGGCCACAGCCCUGCAGGGACUUCUGGGAGACCAGUCAGGGUGGGCUCAGGACUGAGAAGAGGAGGAGAGAGUGACCCAGAGAAAUACCUCCACCGAAUACUGCACUGAUCGACUGCGUGUCUGAGUAUUAACCAAUAACAACUGGUUUGUCUCUUGAAAGAAUAGAAUAAUGCCACAAACUCUGGCCUUUAAACGGCUCCGAUCAGAAGGUACCGGUGCUGCACAAACACAUCUCCACCUACAUAAUGUAGACAACAUGAGCAUCUGACCGGCUCCUGGUGUCGCACAACUUUACACUAUGGUUGCUGCUCUCAAAAAUGGCCUUAUGUGCUUUCUACCACUCACACUAACCAUGCAUUCGUAUAAUUAUGUGACUUGUUGUUCAGCUGCGUAAAUCAAGAGAUGAACAAGUUUGUAUUUAUUAAUUAAUAGGUUAUUUAAUGAAAAUUUUACUUUUCUUUAUGCUUUCUUAUCAGAAUGACAGCACUGAUAUUACAAGAGAGGUGCUUAGAGAAAGCCCUAUCUCACAAAGCUAAAGACAAUUAAAAAAAACUUUCCUGGAAUGGUCCAUUCCACCUCAAAAUGUAAUGGGUGUUUCCUGGGGUCAUGCCCCAUCCUGUCACAACAUUUCACUGAAAUUAGUUCAAUAGCCUUCGAGUUAUCCUGCUAAAAGUCAGACACACUAAUUAAAAACACAACCUCCUUGGUGGAGGCCACACUGUGGAUAUAUGCUGUACUUUGUCAUGUCCUGUACCAUACACAAAGCCAUAUGUAUGUGUACAUACAUGACAGAGAUGAUGUACUGUAGCUUUAAAAGAUUGUUAACUUCUUGAUUUUUUUGUAUAUACACUAGCUAGAGUCUCAAAAAGUAUCAAAUCUGAUAUUUAACUUUUAGCCACUGUGUCCCUGGUAAUGUCUGUGGUAUGAUACACGACACAAUAAAAGGGUAAGAGUGCAAUAAGAAUAAUGUUGUAGAGAUAUUCGACCAAAUAUAUACACUACUCCACAUUUACAGAUGUGGACUGACAUCUGUACCAGCCCUCUGUUUCUUGUGCUGUUUCUCAUCAGGUGAAAGUAAAACAUCAACUUUGUCUUGAGACCAAACCUAAAAGUCAAAGUGAGCUUCACUGUUCAGGGAAAGAAAGAACUGGAAAUUAAACUGCUGUUGUUAUAUGUACAUGGUAACAGUGUGGAAAGCCACUGUGCCUAUGGAAGACUUUAUGUCACCAACUUCAUCGGAUAGCUGGAAACGUGAUGAAACCUUUUUGAUAAUAUAAUGUUUGAUGUUUUAUUUGUAGAUUUAUGGUCAUUCAGUAGAGUCUUUGUAUUUUAUUGGGGUUUUUUCUGUAUAGUCACGACAACACAAUGACCAUGUUGAAUUAGUAAAGAUUUUGAUGCACAGAACUGCUCAGUAGAACUGCUGAAGGCUUUAAUAAGAAUAUGUUGUUUUUAUGUGAACACAGUUUUUAAAAUAAAUUAACAACAAUCAAA